UUAGUAUUUAGUCACGUGAUGUGGCGUCACCGGUCAAUGUCGAAGUGGCGCACAUUGGCUUGACUGCAUAGCUGCAGCAAAGAGGUACACUAGUCGAGGCGGUCUUCAAUCGAAGGCGUGAAAAAUCCAUUGUUUACAGUUCAAUUUUGGUCACCCUCAUCGAUUUAUAGAUUUCUUUUUUAAAAUUGAUAUGGCCGAAAACAGGGCGAUAAAAUCCGGACUCGCUGCGGAAGCACACAGCAAGAUCCAAUCCAAGUACGAUAGCGAACUGGCAGGGCAACUCUUGCAAUGGAUGAGAGACGUCACAGAGGAGGAUAUCAACUCGGACGGGGAACGUGAUAACUUCUAUGACGUCUUGAAGGACGGACAGUUACUAUGCAAAUUGAUUAACACGCUCCAGCCGGGUACAAUCGCCGAGAAGAAGAUUAACAAUAGUAAAAUGGCGUUUAAGUGUAUGGAAAACAUCAAUCACUUCCUGGAAGGUGCGAAGAAGUUGGGGGUACCCGCCGAAGAGACUUUUCAAACGGUCGAUCUGUGGGAAAAACAAAACUUGCCAUCCGUAUGCAUCUGUCUACAGUCGUUAGCGAGGAAGGCUGCCAAAUUUGGGCACAAAAGCAUGGGUCCUAAGGAAGCGGAUCCGAACAUUCGCCAGUUUUCCGAGGAGCAGCUCAAAGCGGGACAGAACGUGAUAAGUCUCCAGUACGGUUCGAAUAAAGGGGCCAACGCUAGUGGUAUUAAUUUUGGUAACACACGUCACAUGUAAAAAAAA